AUGGUGCACCUUGAAAUGACAGGUGUUGAAAUAUGUAGUCAUGCAUUAACAAUAAACGAUCUGCCAAAUGAAUUACUCAUAUAUAUAUUUUCUAUGAUUGAUUCUGAAUCACUGUUGGCUGUAGCAAAAGUUUGUGUGAGAUGGCAGCAACUGUGCCUUACUCCUUGCAUCUGGGAUAACACACGCCUCAUAGUAUGUAUGAAAAAUUAUGUGAAAAUAAGUGAAAACAUUGUGCCUUUUGUUGCUAAGUAUUUAAAAAAUGUAAAAUUACAGUAUUUCAAGUUGUAUUCUCAAGUGAGGGCUUCCUUAAUUAGCUACUGCCCUAAUUUAACUCAUUUAGAAAUAAGUAUAUCUCAAGUUGACAGUUGUAUUUUUGAAGACCUUGGUCACUGGCCCAACUUAAAAUUUUUAAGUUUUCGUAAUUCAUUAAUAGUGCAAAGUCCAGAAAAUGCAAAUGGAAAUUUUGUUUAUCAUCUGCCAUUUGAAAAACUUAAGUACCUAGAAACUCUUAUUCUUUCAAACUUUGCUUUGACACAAAGUAGUUUGUACAACAUGCUACAGUGUGUUAACUUGGUCAGUAUUAAUAUGGAAAAAAUGAAGAACAUACCCGCUGAUUUCUUAGAAUCUCUGUUAAGAUCAAAACAAUCCACCUUACGAGCAUUGUAUAUUUAUGGUGACACACUGAAUGACGAUAUUAUGUGCUAUAUAGCAAAUUGCAAAACUCUUCAUAUUCUUCACAUUAUGACCUGUAAAACUUUGUUUGAUUCAAGUUUAGUACAUCUUUACCGCCUGAAAAACUUACAAUCCUUAAAAUUACGCCAUGGUUAUUUUUCAACAGUUGCAUUGCUUGCAUAUUUUUCAAAUAAUAUAUUUCAAAAAUUAACUUACCUCAGUCUUUCAAGAUGUGUCCAUGUCACAAUGCAAGUUGCAAAAGUUAUAAAAGCAAGUGCACCUAAUCUUAGGGAGCUGUCGUUCUACCUCUGCCCUUUUAUAAUUGCUCCAGAUUUCAAUAGGGCAGAAUUAGAGAAAAUGUUUAAGAUUCAAUUGUUACUAGAUUAA